AUGUCUAACGAGCAAAAUACUGGUGGAACUUCAAGCACCCCCUCAGUCACUUCCGAGGAGAGCCGACUGCAGCCGGCUGCCUCUGGAAGUGAUAUCGCGAAAGAACCGACUGAUUCUUCUGAUGCGAAUUCCUCGCCGAGCCAGAGCGUAGAGACCCAGAAUGAUGUCAAUGAAAACCCAGUUGAGGAGCUAGUAUCUUUGCCCCCACCACCAAGAAAAAAGGCGUCGAGAAUAUUUCCCAAGCCCCAAGUCCGUCCAGACGCUCCAUCCACUAAAGCCCAGGCUCCCAGUAGUCUGUCCAGCGUUGGCUCCAGAAGGCACUCCCGCACGGAUACCUUCGGACAGAUAAUUCCUCCAGAUGGAUUCCACCGUGGGCGCUAUUGA